CCACUGUUCAACCGACGGUGCCUGCUUGAAGCAGUGUUGUUUUUCUUCCUCUGGAGCUAGGUUGGAGUUAAUCACUGAACUACUUUCCGAUCUAUGGCCGCCAUAGACAAAGUUCGUGUCCUAGUUGUAGGCGAUUCCGGAGUUGGCAAAACUUCUCUCACACAUCUGAUAGCAAACAACGAGCCACUCACUUCGCCAGGAUGGACCGUGGGUUGUGCUUUAGAGGUGAAACUACAUGAAUACAAGGAAGGCACACCAUCGCAGAACACAUUCUUCAUAGAAUUGUGGGACGUGGGAGGCUCGAUCAGCCACAAAAACACGCGAGGAGUUUUCUUUAAUCCAACCCACGGAAUUAUCCUGGUGCAUGAUUUAACGAACAAAAAGAGUCACGAAAAUCUCCAACGAUGGCUGAUUGAGAUACUGAACAAGGAUGGGAAAGAUGCCAUGAAAAGUGGCGAUACGAUUGAGAUCGAUCCUGAGCAAUUUCUCGGAUCAACGCAGUUUAAAAAUUUGCAGAUCCCCAUUUUGGUAAUUGGAACUAAACUGGAUCUACUGGAUGAUAACCAUAAAAACAAAAUUCUGAACAGAACGUCUGCGGGAAGUAUAGCCGAGCAAUGCGGUGCAGAUGAAAUAUGCCUCAAUUGUCACGAAGCAAGAAGUAUAGCGGCUGGAACAACGGAUGCUGUUAAAUUGUCACGCUUCUAUGACAAAGUGAUUGAGCGUAAAUACUAUAAUAGGGAAACAGGGCGAAAAUACGCAGGAGCUUACAAUACAGCUUCAUUCAAUCCGUUCGGAAUACCUCCUGCUUCAAAUACGACAUUCUACAACCAAUCGGUACCCGAAUCAGUUCCGUAAAAUAUAUUGCAAGCAACUUUUAA